UCUGAUUGAAGUAUAAUUCCUGCCAUGCAAUGGACACCGAAAUCGGGGAGAAAAAUUGACUAAAACAUACUUUAUUUGCUUGAUAUUGAGGAUACCGCGUUGAUAGCUCUACCCCAAAAUGGACCUGCUGCUGCAAAUGGACAAUUUCGAUAGCACCAUAGAGGAUUGGGUUACAUAUAUCGAGAGACUUGAGCAGUAUUGCUUUGCUAACGAUGUAGAACAUGAAAGGAAAGUGGCGGUACUUCUGGGUGUAAUGGGAGCAAAAACAUAUAACUUGCUAUGUAGCCUUACAGCACCGACAAAGCCAGAAGAGAAGACCUUUAACGAGAUUGUAAAUAUGUUACAGACUCAUCUAAAUCCAAAGCCGCAGGUCAUAGCCGAACGUUUCCUAUUUCACAAACGGAAUCAGCAAAAGACAGAGUCAAUACCGGAGUACAUUGCGGAGCUCCGCCUGCUCUCGCAGCAUUGCCAGUUUGGACAGGGAUUGUCAGAUGCGCUCAGAGACAGGCUGGUAUUUGGGUUACACAACGAGAGCACACAGAAACGUCUAUUAUCAGAAAUAGAUCUGACAUUGGCGCGUGCAUUGGAGAUCGCCAUAUCAAUGGAAACUGCCGCAAAAUAUGUAGGAGAGUUACAGAGGAAAAAUACAGUUGCAUGCACAGUGAACAAGUUUAACACCCGACGUCAAGAGAAAUCACAGGCAUGCUUUCGGUGUGGUAAAAAGUCACAUGACCCCGCCGAUUGCUGGUUUAAAGACAAAGACUGUAGACAAUGUAACAAAAGAGGACACAUACAGAUAAUGUGCAAAUCGAAACAGAGUGAUAAAAAGUCACCCAAAAAAGGAAAGUUAGAAGGAAAUGUGCAUCAGGUUACUGAAACUGAUUUAAAUGACUCUGAUGAAGAAGACUUGUCAUGUCUUGAACUUUUCUUUCUUAAAGAGACAGAUCGCAAAAUAAUCUGUGUGUCACCUGAGGUAGAGGGGGUGACACUAAAGGACACAAUGUUUGACCACAAGGACAGUUUACAUACAGACAGACAACUGCGUCAGAGGACGUUGGAGAAAGGGAAGGAAAUGGCCACAAUCUCUGAUGAUGAUGAUGAUGAUAAUAAUGGUGAUGAUGAUUAUGAUGGUGGUGAUGAUGACAAUUAUGAUAAUGGUGAUGAUGAUGACUAUGAUGGUGGUGACGAUAGUGAUAAAGAUGGUGGUGAUGAUGCCUGUGAAAACAGUUCCAAAACCAGAGACAAGCCCUACCACUGCUUAGACUGUGGUAAGAGUUAUAACCGAGUCUAUCAUUUAAGAAGACACAAGCAAACACAUAACAAGGAGAAAUCUCACCACUGCUCCUAUUGUGGUAAAAACUUCACCCGACCGGAACAUUUGAAAAAACACCAGCGAAGACAUAUGACUGACAAAUCAUACCAUUGCACUAACUGUGAUGAGCGUUUCUCUAAAGCAGCACAACUAAGAAGUCACAUGAAAGUGCAUGUCGGGGAAAAGCCUCACCUCUGCACCGACUGUGGGAAACUAUUCCAGUCGUUACGGGCAUUUGAAACACACCAGCAGAAACAUACUGGAAAGAUACUUCACCAAUGCUCAGACUGUGGUAAAGUUUUUACCCGAGCCUAUCACUUGAGAAGACACCAGUAUACACAUAAAGAGAAGUCUAAUCACUGCUCCGAUUGUGGUAAGAGCUUCACUCGACCGGAAAAUCUAAAAAGACACCAGCGGAAACACAAGGAAAAUACACGUUACCACUGCUCUAUGUGUGAGGAGAAGUUCUCUACACAGGCAAUGUUAAAUAGUCACCUGCAGGUACAUGUUGGAGAGCUACCUCACCAUUGCUCUGACUGUGGAAAGGCGUUCUCAGACAAAAGACAAUUUGAGAUCCACCAGAAUAGACAUCAGCGAAAAACUGUAAAGGAGAAGUCUUACCUCUGCAGUGACUGUGGAAUGACUUUCAGCAAGCCAAGCACAUUUAAGGUGCACCAGAGAUAUCACACAGGAGAAAAACCAUACAGCUGCUCAGAGUGUGGGAAGAGUUUCGCCCAGUCCACCACACUCCGGAUCCACCUCCAGUGGCAUGCUGGGGAGAGGGCCAGCUACUCCUGCCCUGUCUGUGGGAAGACUUUCUCUCGCGCUGAUAGCGUGAGGAGACACCAGAUGGUUCACACAGGAGAGAGACCUCAUGAGUGCCACUGCUGUGGGAAGCGCUGCUUCCGACGGAGUGCUCUGAUCAUACAUAUGAGAAUUCAUACUGGAGAGAAACCAUACAUUUGUUCUGAGUGCGGGAAGAGGUUCUCCCAAGAUGGCGACCGGAAACGACACCAGAUAAGACACCACCCUGACCUUUGACCUUCUGAAGAAGAUAGAAGUCACAGGCAGGCUUCAGUAGAGGCACACAACCAAUUCCAAAUCUACCUAUAGCCCCUACCCUCCUAGCUCAUACCCCGUAGCCCCUAUACCAGGGGGUGGCAAACUCAUUCCUGGACAGUCUAGUGGUUUUUAUUAUUUUAUUUGUGUCCAAUUAACACCUAGACAACCAGGUGAGGGGAGUUCCUAAUCAAGUACAAGGGAGGAGUGACAACCCACACACUCGGCCCUCCAGACAUUGAGUUAGACAUCCCUGCCCCAUUCUGAAAGUAUUCAGACCCCUUCCCUUUUUCCACAUUUUGUUAUGUUACAGCCUUAUUCUAAAA